AUGCACAAGUACACCAGUCGCACGCUCAUCGGCGUCAUUCCAGUGCCUGGUCCUGAAAAAAAGUUCACAGUUUCUUUCGAAGGCAUACAAUUAAAUCAACGCAUUUGUCCACAUUGCCUUAUGCAGACGCGCUUCUUCUGUGCGCAUUGCCAGACAGUCCAUUUCUUUUCGGAGAUUGAAGUCGAGGCGUCACCAUCCCCGAAUGUUCUGACUGAUAUUGAAGUAGAGCACUCAGCACAGGACCCGACAUCAGACAGGCUACCCCAAAGGAAAACGAGUGUCAGCAAAGAAUACCCAGCGGAACCCGGACCGUACCUUGACCCGCUUUUAACUCAGAAAACUCAGCAAACUGAUGGGACUGCCGGUCCUAGUCGUUCUGCCGACGAUAUCGAGGCAAACGGUGUAACGGUUGGCCUAGAUGGGUUUGCCGUAGAAAUUCAAGAUAGUUUAAGGGCCUCUUGUCAAGGCGACAACUCUAACUACCCGACGGGGGCCAAAGUAAAGUGCUCAUAUGAUUUUCCCACGGAAUACUGCCACUGUUGUCAUCAGGCGCACAAUUUUACGACUAUAGAAGAGGAGACAGUUGAAAAAUCCAUGCGUGAUGUCAAACUCAUUGUUCCUGACGAACAGGUGGCCAAGGAAUACACCGAAGCACUACAGGAACUCAAAGACGCAGCAAUCGCAAAUGAUGCACUCACUUUCCGUGAACGGCUGGAGGACUUUCGAGAAAAGCUCCGUCAUGAUGUGGGUGCUGGUGUACGCGUUGCACGCAGCGAACUAGUCACCUUGCGCACGAGGUCGGCCAGGAGUGUAGCUUUUCUGCGAAAUCAAAGCACUGUGGCCGCACAAAGAGUCAAGGCGGGUCUUUCCCAGGUCAAGGAUGGGAUGCGAAGUGUGGCCGAACUCUGCGGCGUUGGAGGAUCCAUCGGACAAUCAAUUUCCAUCAUAAGCAUUUCGAAGGACGAGGAUACUCAAACUUCGAAGGAACGUUGUUUUUCAGAGUUCCAUUUCUAG